AUGUAGUAGUAGGCUGAGUUUGAUCUGAAGGAGAUAGAAGAAGUCAUCAAAAAGAAGUGUAAGGAGAGAGAGGAAGAGAUCUCAAAGCAAGUUAAUGAUGAAUUAACUAAGUACAAAACAGAAUGUGAAAAAUACAUAGAAACAAUACAAAAAGAGCAUGAAAGAAUAUAAAAGGAAUAUGGAUAAGAAUAAGAAAAAUUUAAUAAAUCAUUAAAGGAGAAGAUCAACUAAGUUAAGGCACUUGUGGAUACUGAAAAGAAUAACACUAAAAAAUUGAUAGCCAAUGCUCAAUAAAAAGUUGUUGAGAUCACACAAAGCUCAUUUGAUAGUUUAGUUUAAGUUAAGGAUUAAGAAAUAGAAAACUUAAAAAAAGAACAAUAAAAGUUAUAAAUCUAGAUAGAACAAUUAGAAAAGGAAAGGUAAGAACAAAAUGCUUAAAUUGAACAAUAAAAUAUAGACAAAGGAAAGUUAAGGAAGGAGAUUGAUCAUUUAACAAUUGAUUUUAAAAAAGCAUCUGAACAGAAACAUUUAGAGGCUUAAGAAGAAAUAAAGAAAAACGUCAGAUUAAUCUAAGAAGACUAUUAAAAGAUGAAUUAAAAACAAAUAUAAGAACAUGAAAGGGAUAUGGAAUCAUUUAAACAUUCCUUACAAAAGACUAUUGAUAAACUUAUUUAAGAAAACAAUAAAUUAUAAACAUAAUUAACGAAUGCUGAAAUUGAAAAAAUAUAAAUGAAUUAAUCCUAAUAGUCUUUAACAGAAUGUAAAUAAUGUGUCCAAGAUCUAUCAAAUUCCAAUCUUGAUAAAGAGUCUUAUGAGUUACUGUAAAAUACUAUUAAAGAAUAUGAAUAAUCAGUUCAAGAUAUGGAGACUGAAAGAAAAAUGUUUUUGUCUGCUAAAUCUGAAAUUUCUGAAAAGGAAUAAGAAAAAAAAUAGAUGGAAAUGAAAUUGGAAUAAAAAUAGCAUGGACUGAAUAAAUUAAAAGAAAGAAAUGAAAUUUGUGCGAAAAACUUAAAAGCAUGCUAAGAACAAAUUUUGAAAUUACAGUAAUAACUUAAAGAAAAGUCAGAAUUAGAGGAUAAAGCCAAAGAAGCUUAGUAAAAGUAUUAGCAAUAGCUUAUAAAGUUGAAAGACAAUUUUGAUAAACAAUAAAAAGAGUUAUAAUCAUACAUGGCUUAAUUAAAUGAAAUUAAAGACAAGUUUGAAGAAGAAUAAAAAAAGAAUAUUUUAUUAAAAGAAGAAUUUGAAUCGGAGAAAAAGAGAUUGUAAGAAGAAAAUAAAAGAAAUUAAGAGAUUCUUUAAAAAAAACAUGAAGAAGCAAUUUUAUAAUAAACCUAAAGAAUCGAAAAAGAGAUAUUAGAUUAAAGAGGAAAAAUAGUUGAAAUGGAAUUGAUAAAGCAAAAGGAAAGGCUCAAGCCAAAUAAUAAUUAAUUAAGCGAAGAACAACUUCAAAAUAAGUUAUCAAAGAUUGGUGAGCACUUGCAUAAUUAUAGAAGAGCUAUGACUUAAGGUUUAUAAAUCAAAGAAUGCUUAUUAUCUGAAAUUGGUUAUUUUGAGAAGCAAGCAUAAAUGUAUCCUAUUGAGUCAUUGUUGGAUACUGGGAUAACAUCCUAUUGAUAAAUAUAUAUCUAAAUGAAAAAGUAUUUAUACGAA